ACAACAAAAUUUAGCUGCAGAGCGUUGCUGCACGUCAUCGUGAUCCAUGAUACACCCCACCAUAACCAAUCUCUUGCUUGGUUGACAACGCACCGCAGAGUCAAACGCCCAGCCGCAGCCCAAGGCUUACACCAGCAGUGGAGCCGUAGUGCUCCCGACUUGCGCCUCAAGGCUUGCAUAGCAUUUAUCCCACGUAUACAACGACACAAACCCAACCGGACAGUGCCUGCACCAUGGAUACCAGCUUUCUGGCCCAGCAGGUCAAUACAAUUAUCGGCCAGUUGCACGGCCUAUUUGACGAGAUCGGAGUCCCGCACCAUGACCGCGACGCCCGCGAGGAGGAGGUCUUCGCGGCUCUUUCCGAUGCCUUGAACAACCAGGUCCGCCUCGUGACGGCGGAGAAGCAGGAAAUGAUUGACGAGGCGCAACGAAUGAUUACGCAGAUUCGGCAGAUGGAGGCUUCGCUUGAUGACAGCAAGCCCCGCCGCGACUCCGACGGGAACCUCAAGAUCACAUACCCCCUUACAAGGUGUCUGCAGGUGCUCAAGGAAAAGCACACCCAAGUUAGCCGACUGCAUCGGGAGCGCUACGAACAGGUCAAGAAAUUGGCGCAAGCCCUCGAAUCUUAUUCUCUUCACCUCGAGCCAAGUUUUGUCGAGUUGGAGCUGCCCCCGACGGGCCCGAACCAGUCCAUCCCUCCAAGCUUCGAUCUGUCUCCGGCGUACGUGGAUAAGUUGGAUGCCGAGUUUACGCGCGUGUAUGAGGAGUACACCCGCCGCGUGGCAACAGUGAAAGCCGUCGCCGAGAACAUCAUCCAAUUAUGGGCCGAGCUUGGAACCCCGCAGGCGCAGACGGACGGGGCAAUCGUGAAAUACUACCGCGACGCUCCCGAGCAGCUCGGUCUCCAUGAGGAAGACAUCGCCCGCCUGCGCUCCAAGAGGGACAAGCUCUUGGAGGAGAAGAAGAACCGCGAAAGGCGGCUGAAAGACCUCAGGAGCGCAGUCGAAGUUCUCUGGGAGAAGCUCGGCGUCGAGGAGAAGGACCGUAAGGCGUUCCUCAACAGCAACCGUGGCUGCGGGAUCCGGCAAAUCAACGAGUUCGAGGACGAGCUGGCAAGGCUCAACGAGCUCAAGCGGCAGAACUUACACGUAUUUGUCGAAGACGCCCGCUGCAGGCUGCAGGAGCUAUGGGAUGCCCUGUACCUUUCCGAGGAUGAGAUGCUCGAAUUCACCCCGGCCUUCUCCGACGUCUACAGCGAUGCCCUUCUCGAGGCUCACGAGCGCGAGAUUGCUCGGCUCGAGAUCCUCCAAGAGCAGCGCGCCCCGACUUUGGCCCUCAUCGAUAAGCACAAGAGCCUCGUGCACGACCGGGAUGAGCUCGCUGCGUCUAGCCAGGACGCCUCGCGGCUGAUGAUGCGAGGCCAGAAGGGAGAAAAGCGGGACCCCGGCAAGCUCCUUCGGGAGGAGAAGAUGAGGAAGCGGAUUGCCAAGGAACUCCCCAAAGUGACGGCAGAGUUGCGCAAAGCGCUAGAGAAAUGGGAAGACGAAUACGGACGGCCGUUCCUGGUACACGGCGAACGGUACCUCGACUGUCUCGAGGCAGAAGAGCCGAAGCCUGGGCCGGGCCCUAGGUCCAGAACGCCCGGCCCAACUCCAACAUCGUCCAAUUCCGCCAACUCCGGCCUGAGUCGCGCGAAGAGUGUCGGCAGCGUCAGGGGAAGCCAAAGAGGCAGGGCCAAAACGCCGACGGCCCCAAACACGGCCAAGUCGACGCAGCCGUCACAGGGGACGCUCCGAGGCGCGCCACCAAACAGCAAGGGAAGCCCAACCCGACUGCCGGCACGGAUUCCGCUUUCCAACCUUAAGCAUGGCGCAAACUCUCCAGAUCGUCCACAGUCGAGGACCGAGACUGGCGGCGCCCGCCAAGUGAACCUAGUCAUGAGAGCUCCGCCGCCCAAGAUGCGGGACCUCGUGCCGCCGCCGGAGUUGGAGACGCCAGUCAACCACUACUACCGUUCUGCCGGCCUCGGAUCCAGCAUUGUCCGGCAGGUCGAGCCGGAGGAUGUCUACGACGACCGGUAUUCGUCCAGCCAGGAGAACAGCAGGCCGGUGUCUCGGGACUUUUACUCUUCGCGAUCCACGCAACUCUCGUAUCCUCAAGCACCCCCUCCUGCCCGCCAGAGCUCCAACACAUCUAGCAGCAGCUCCAACAAUUCCACUGUCGUCACCGGCUCCGAGAACUGGGAAACGUACGACGAUAACUCGGAACCGGAGGAGGACCUUACCGACAUCUACCUUGCCAAGGUGCGCGCGGCUCGGGCUGCCAAUGUUCCACGGCCACAGAGCCAGUUGAAACGGCAUCGUGGUAUCCCGCCUGCCCACCACGAGGGCAACCGCAUCGUGUCUGGGAGCGAAUGGACCGACGAGGACGGCUACUGAGAAGCGCGUCCUUGGUCGGCUUAGCACAUGUCUGGAUGAUUAGCUACGAAAGUUUACGGCGCUACGACGGCAUGUUCUGCUUUUCGACCAAAUGCUCCGUUUAA